GUCGUGUGAGAGAAUAUUUGAUCAUAAACUUUAUCAAAUUACCGUUGUAGUACCGUUACUCUUUGUCAGAUAAUUAAACUUAAAUACUAUACACGAAUAUAUACUUAAAUAUAUUAGUAAAACUUUAGGUUCUUACCUAUUCUACUAAGAACGAAUUAAUCAUAUGUUUAUCUUUGCCCUUAGUCAGCUAAUCUUAUCUGUUCAACAAUACCCAUAAACAUACAUAAAUACAUUGACUAAGGUUCAGAUAAAAAAUUAGAAAACAAUUUGAUAAAUCAGCACUUCUACUUUUUAUCCUUAUUUUAAUUCAAAUAAUCAGAUAAAUUUAUGGUCGUUUUUAUUCGGUUAAUCAUAUUUAUUCGACAGUACUGACAAAUAUACAUAAAUAUAUUGGUCAAAGUUCAGGUAAAUAUAUAAGAACAAUUGGUCAAAAUGUAGACAUUUACCGUUACAGUACCGUUACUUCAAGUUAAUCACUAAUCCAGCUUGCAAUUGGUCGUAGUUGUAAUGAGUUUGUGACUGUCGCAGUUUUAUGGUGAUGGUUGUUGGUAGUGGUAGUGGUUGUUGGUGUGUUGGUUGUUGGUGGUAGCCUCAGUUUGUUGUUGUCGCAGUUGACCGUUGGUCGUGGUUGGUGAUGAUCAGAGGAAUAUAAAUACGUGGUUCAUACUUGAUAAUAUUUUUUCAACGAUCUAAUUAAUUUAAGAGGAUUUUUGAAAUCUUUCAAAUAACGCAUCAAACUACAACAAAAAAAAAGGUAUGUGAUCGAAGGUCGAGCAGUUACUUUCGGAACGCGACUUAAAUGUCGACGAUCGUACUGCGCAUAGUACCGCAAGAGAGCGUAGCAACCAGUGAAAAAAAUGGUGGUUAUUUGGGUGUAGUCGGGAGAUUUUCUGCAACACAAAUGUGAGUACCGGCAGAUUAAGGGAUUACGAGUGCUGUUUGUCAGUGCACCACAAAGCUAAUAUGAUCAGGUUUAUAUCGGAGAAUAUUUAUGGAAGAAACACAAUGUGGAGUUGCAGUAUGUACCCAAAAUUAGGACAGGAUAAUUUUCUAUCUUCAAAUGACCUUUAAUCUAUUUAUUUUUUACUAUCAAAAAACUGUUUCAAGAAGUCCUAUGUGCAAAAUAGAACUGAAAAAAUCACGUUCGUUGUGUGCAGUAUUUUUUUUAAAAAUGUCAAUAAUUUUGAUUUUGCAUUAUUGCACACAAAGCCAACAAAUCUAUUGGAUUAAAAGCCAUUCCUGCAAUAAGAUUGUGAAAUGUUAAAAACCAAUUUAAAAAAAGACUUAAUAUUACAGAUUAUUUUUGUUACUUAGUUCUAAAUGGGUCAUAUCAAGCUUUUUGUUUUAAAAUGGUAUAUACAAAGGACAGCAAAUAAUUUAAAAGACUAUACCUUGGAGUCUUGAAGGUGUUUUAUAUGAUUUCAUCAAGUGAUCUGGCAUGACACAUUUAUUAAGACUUAAGAAUUAUGGAAAUUAUGUAUAAAGUUAAGAUUAUUGGAAAAGAAACGUUAUAAAAAUUUCUUCGAUUCUUCGCAUCUUUGAAGACAGGCUUAUUUGAAAUCAUUACAUCAUAAUUAUUUAAAAAAGAAAUCGAAGAAAAACAAUAUUAAUUACUUAUCUAUUGAGCAAAAGUAAAAAUAAUAACAUUCAAAAUUGAUCAACAUUUUAACCAGCAAACUCUUAUAAGUUGGUUAUGUGCAAUGCCGAGAUGUUGCAAUGAAAACAAGGCAGUGAGUUCGGUGCGUAGUAGUCAGAAACACAGCAGUGAAGAUAUUGUGCUGACACAAACUCAAGCUUUUGCGAUUGGAAAUCAAUUAGAUUUGGAGGAAGAGUCACCAGUGGUUGAAAAAUCACAUAGAAGAGUUCGUUGUGAUCUGAGUCCUGUACCAACAAACACGAAUUCUAAUUUAAAUAUCAAACUUUUAAAUAUUAAGACUGAUAGAAGUACUCGUCAAGAACAUCAGGUGAGCACUGGAUCUGGUGGGUACAGAGAACGAGAAAGGGAGGCUAAAAAGAGAGCAGCUAUAGGCAAUACAGUGCGUGGUCUUCUCUCAUCUGGCCACAGCAGGCAGGACAGGUAUGAGACAAACAGGCAACGUUCAUCAGGUGGUACCAGUGGUGGCCUGUCUAGUUUAUGUCCUAAGCUGGUGGCCAGUGGGGGUGGUAGCAGCCAGGGUGGCAUUGGUUUGUCAGUGGGCCACUUAGCCUCUCAAGAAGGAGGAAGUCCUUGUACAGUUGUUACAACACAAAGAACUCACAAUCAUUCGCAUAAUCAUAGACGCCAAAGAAAGCUAUCCAUUGUUUCUCAAACUGCUUCUAGCUCCGGUAGCUCUUCUGAGAGAAAGACUCUAUCAGGCAUAAGUCGCUCUUCUGCUACAAUCUGCAAAAAGCAAAUUCGAAUGCAGCGAGCUGAUCAAAAUGCAGAUUCAUUGUCUAUAACUAGCAACGGUGUUGCAACUAGUUCACCUUCUUCUAAGAAGAAGGUUUUAUCUGCUCGUAUUUCAGAAAAGUCGUCUCCUCGGAGUCAAGAUUCAUCCUCCUUAGAUCAUGAAAAUGAUCGCAGCUUUAGUGAUGCAGAGGAGGCUAUUACUGCAACAGAAAAUGUGUUCAAAAUAUCGGGAUGUAGUUCUACACCUUCCACACCAAUGAGUAAAGUAAAAUCGAAAAGAACAAAUAAAGAUGAAGUGAAUAUAGAACCGAAUGUACAUUUAGAGUGCACAGAAUUAUUAAAACAUAAUAUCUCGAAAAUGUUUUCUGGUAUUAACGAGAAGGACACAUCUGCAACAGAAAUUCCAGAAUGUACCACAACAGAUACAAUAGAGCCAAAAAUGAAAAAAGAUAAUGUUAGCGAAGAUUUUGUUGGACACAGCAAUAAAAAAAUACCCUCGUCUUCUGGUGCAAGUAAAAGAAAUAAUGAUGGGGACAAAUCUUUAAGAUCUAAAAGUAAAUCUAUUCCACAAGAUGUUAAUAAAUUACAUAAUUCUAAAACAAUAGAAGAAAUUGAUAUAAAAAGUAAUGUAGAUCCUACAACAACGUCCACAGAAACGUCCAUAAAUACUUUGAAUGCAAAUCCAAGAGGAAAAUCAUCUAAUAAUUGCUCUGAAUCUGCUACUGUAAAUAGUUUAGAAAUGGAAUCAAUGCCUAAAGACUGUAAUAAAGAAAAAUCAAAUGAGGAGAUAGUAAAAAAUUCCAGAUUUGUUACAUCCAAAGUUUCUGAAGAAGUGAUAGAAUCAGAAGGUAAAGAAACAGAGACACAAAGAGUUGAAGAUGAAUGUGUAACAAUUUAUGAUGAAGAUGAUAAUGGCACUAGUAUUAGUGAUAUAGUAGCAGCUCAAGCACUUCACGAGUCUUUGAGUAAAUUAGGAAAAGUUCCACCAAUGGAUACAGAUAUAGAAGUUAUGAAGGAUACAAAUUUACAAGAAGAAACAGAUGUAGAGAAAAAUUCUCAGAAAGAAGGAGUUACACAAGAAGAGACUGUCGAAGGUUUUAUUGGCCCUUUGCUCGAUGAAAAUUUUAAAGCAGAUGAAAAAUUAAGUCAAAAAGCAAUGGCUAUGGAAGAAGUACGCAAUUUAUUAAUGAAAGCAAAAAUACAAACAGUUGAAGACGAUGAUGAUGAAGAAAAAGCAAUAGGUAUUUCACCUGAUGGAAGGUUCCUAAAAUUUGAAGAAGAAAUUGGACGUGGUAGUUUCAAAACUGUUUAUCGUGGUUUAGAUACUCAAACAGGAGUAGCUGUUGCUUGGUGUGAACUUCAGGAGAAAAAAUUAAAUAAAACAGAAAGACUGAGAUUUCGAGAAGAAGCAGAAAUGUUAAAGGGACUCCAACAUCCUAAUAUUGUUAGAUUUUAUGAUUAUUGGGAAGUCACGCUUACACGUAGAAAAUAUAUUGUACUAGUCACAGAACUUAUGACAUCAGGAACACUAAAAACGUAUUUGAGAAGAUUCAAGAAAAUUAAUCCAAAAGUUGUAAAAUCUUGGUGCCGUCAAAUCCUCAAAGGCCUUAGUUUUCUGCAUUCUAGAUCUCCUCCAAUUAUUCACCGUGAUUUAAAAUGUGAUAAUAUAUUCAUCACUGGUACUACAGGUAGUGUGAAAAUUGGUGAUUUAGGAUUGGCUACAUUAAAAAAUCGGAGUUUUGCAAAGAGUGUCAUUGGUACACCAGAAUUUAUGGCACCAGAAAUGUAUGAAGAACAUUAUGAUGAAUCGGUUGAUGUCUAUGCAUUUGGAAUGUGUAUGCUUGAAAUGGCUACAAGUGAAUACCCAUAUUCUGAAUGUACAGGUCCAGCGCAGAUAUACAAACGUGUUGUUUCGGGUGUUAAACCACAGAGUUAUGAUAAGGUAGAAAAUCCAGAAGUACGUGAAAUUAUCGAAAUGUGCAUUCGUUUGAAAAAAGAAGAACGACCUCUGGUUAAAGAUCUUUUAAAUCAUGAAUUUUUCGCGGAUGAUAUUGGAUUAAAAUUGGAAAUGGUGUCACGUGAUUCAGCUGUAGCAGAUGCUGAAUUAUCGCGUGUAGAAUUCAGAUUAAGAGUUUUGGAUCCAAAAAAGCGGACAAAUAAACAUAAAGAAAAUGAAGCAAUCCAAUUUGAUUUCGACAUUCAAACUGAUAACGCGGAAGAAGUUGCCUCAGAAAUGGCUAAAUCGAGUCUUAUAUUAGAAGAAGAUGCCAAAGCAGUAGCUAAAAUGUUGAAAUCACAGAUAGCUGCCUUAUUACGAGAAAGGGAGGAGCGACGUGCUAAAGAAGAAAAAGAACGUUUAGAUAGAGAAGCUGAUACAACUACUACAUCUGCUGAAAAUAUUUUACAACAACAGUUAAUAUUACAGCAAAUGCAAUUACAACAACAACAGAUUCAAUCUGGUAUGGGUAUACCAAUACAAGGUCAGGUACAAAUGCAAUUGCAACCAAAUCAAAUACCAUUACAACAGCCACAAUUGCAAUCAACCUCUCAAGCAGGCCAACAGCAUAGUUUACAACCUCAACAAGUACAGUUGGUUCAACAGCCUCUUCAACAACCACUUAUGCAGCAACAGACAUCAGUAGUUCAGCCUCAACAGGCUCAACAAAUACAACAAGCAACACAAGCUGCACAACAAGUUCAAUAUCAACAACAACCACAAUAUCAGCAAUUACCACAGCAAUAUCAACAACAACAGUUUUCACAACACGUUCCACAAAAUUUGAGUGCGAAUUCGCCACAAUGCUCCACUCCUCAAAAUGUUCAGGCCCAACCUCAGUUUCCUCCAGUAACACAACAAAUACAACAACAGCAAAUACAGCAACAACAACAAAUACAGCAGCAGCAGCAAAUACAACAACAGCAGCAAAUACAACAGCAGCAGCAUCAAAUACAACAACAGCAGCAGCAUCAAAUACAGCAGCAGCAGCAGCAAAUACAGCAGCAGCAACAGCAGAUACAACAGCAGCAGCAACAAAUGCAACAACAACACAUGCAUCAACCUCAACAAUAUAUUCAGUUAAAUCAAAUGAGUGUACCACAGCAAUUAACACAUCAGAUUCAACAACAAUUACAAUCGCAAGUACAGAUGUUGCCACAACAACAACAUAUGCAUCAACAAGUGCCACAACCUCAGCAGCAAGUACAAUAUUCACAAUCUCAGAUGCAACAUAUUCAACAAGUACAUCAACAUCCAGUUGGUUCUCCACCAAUUCAAAGUCAGCAAUAUUAUCAACAAAAUACAACUAGUAGUGCAGGAUAUACCAGUUCUGGCUUAUAUCAACAAAAUAUGCCACAACAAAUAUUUCACACGUAUACUACUUCUACUAAUCCACCUGGCCAUGUAGAAAUUUUAGCAUCUACUCAGACUGCGCAACAGAUUUAUUCACAUACAAAUAUUUCUGGAAGCACUGCUCCUGCAACUUCUCAAUCAUAUAUACAGCAACCAACUGGACAAGUUCAGACACAAAUACCAUCAGGAAUGAAUAUUCAAAGUUCAGUACCAGUAACUCACGUACAAAAUGCUGCAACUUCUACAAUGCCUAGUAUUCAAAGUGCCCCUUCAAUGCUCUCUAAUACUGGUCAUCAAGCGCAAUCUCAACAAAAUAUAGUAGUGCAGUUACAGUAUUCGCAAAGUGGUACUGUUAUGCCCACUUCUAUGCCCAUUUCUAUGCCUACUUCUAUACCUACUUCUAUGCCUUUGACAUCAGGAAUAAGUGGUCCUAUACAGACAUCUGCUAGUGACAGAUCAUCUUUAACUAAACAAGAUACUAUGGAAUCGGUACAAUCUUUGCCAUUGGAUAUACAAUCUACUAUACAUCAAGAACAGUUAAAUAAUCAACAAAUACCAAUUGCUAAUACAAAUACUGUACCACAACAACCAGCAGUUUCAAGUGAUGGAGUUAUUUCUGAAAGUUCAGAAAAUGUUACAACUUCCGAAAGAAGUAGAGUUAAAAGAUCUGGUACUAAACGCAAGAAACCGGGUAUCAAAUUAACAGUCUUGUCAGUGAGUAGCGGAGAAGGACAGUCUAUGACUGUUGAGUGUCAGCUAGAUACUAGUAAACAAAAAACUGUUACAUUUAAAUUUGAUCGAGAUGACAUGGUACCUACUGAUAUUGCUAACAAUUUGGCAGCUGAAAAUUUGCUACCACAAUCUCAGUGUGAAACGUUUAUAGAAUUAAUUGAAGAUAUCGUGAAACAAUUACGUUUAGAUCCGACGCGUGCUUUACCUUUAGUAGCCCAUGGUCCACCAGAUCAAUCUGCCGGUGGUAGUCCAGUUACAAGUCGUCGCCCAAGAGAUCGAGACCACAGUCUUGAUACAGCUAAGCAGGUGAGACAUGGCUCGCUAACUCGUCAAAGCAGUCACCGAUCGUCGUACAAAGUCCAUCGUAGGCACCGUUCGAGAGACGAAACUUCAAACACUUCCACUCCUACAAAAUUGUUGCCAAUCGAUCAAAUAAUUUCACAUAUUGCAAGUUCUUCUUUGGAUAAGCAACAAAAUGUUCCAACAACUGAUAGCCAAGGGGUUACUGAAUGCACAUCAGCAGAAGCAUCUAGACGAUCAUCUACAUCUACUCAAAAUACUGAUACAUUGACACCAACUAAUAUUCCAAGUGAUCUUACUGAUCCUCAAGAAAGUGGAAUUUCUGUAACAUCUGCAGAUACAGUUUUGGAAGCGACUCAUAUCGUUCAAGAAGAUAUUAAUACUUUUUCAAUUGCUCAAUUGCCAGCAGCAUCCACUCAAAAUCAAGUAGAAGAUGUGAAUGCUUCUACAUCUCAAACAAAUGAUUUAACGAAGGAUGAUACGUCAAAAGAAAUUAUAGAUAUUCAAGAAAAAGAUCUGAGUAAGGAUAUAGCAACAUCCGAUGCAAUUUCUAUAGAAACGUCCACGAUAACUGCUGCACCAAUACGCAAGAUAUCUCGCUUCUUAGUUAGUCCUGUGGUUGAACAAAAACAACUUGCAAGUGAAACAGAAGCUUCUGGUAUAACAGAAAAUAUAAAUAAUACUAUGAAGGUAGAUACUACAAAAUCUGAAGAAACAGAAAUAACUACUUCAGAUACACAAGGUAUGACAGUAGAACAACCACCUAACGUUGAUAUAAAUUUACCUAAUCUACAACAGCCUGUAGAUCAAAUGGAUAGUACUCAGCAUACUUUACAACAACAAUUUAAUCAACAAACUGCUGGAGUUCAAAACAUUUCUCAGAUGGCAAUACCAGGGCAAUUACAACAAAAUAUAGGUGCUGUACAAUCAAAUCAACAUGUUAUAAUGCCUAGUACCCCAAUUAUACAGCAAGUAACUCAACAGGUACAUCAGUCGACUGUUCAAAAUUUCACUACAAUAUCACAAAAAGAAAUGCAAUCUCAACAAAUACAAACGAGUGGUGGUUUAAAUACGCAAACACAAUAUCAAAAUCAAUCGACUGUGCAAUCAAAUAUUAUAAUACAACAACAACAAAUUGCUGUGCAACAAAAUGUAACUCAACAACAUAUGCAAACAGAACAAAAUCAAUUGCAAUCUCAACGACCUGUACAUCAAUAUUUACCACAACAACAUCAACAAUAUGUGAUACUUUCUGGACCUAUACAACAAUUGCAACAGUCCAAUGUAGAUGAAAGAAAUCGUAGGAUUUCUAAUAUUUCCACUACGUCUAAUGUGUCAACAGAAUCUCAAACUAUCGAGGUAGCUAAUAUAUCUGAAGAUAAAAGAUAUUCUACAAUGAUGUCUAAUACACCUAUUCAACAUGUACAACAUGUACAAAUUGGUCCACAAGAUAGUUCUACUCCUAUAGCACAAGGAAUUCAAGAUCCUGGGCAACAUCAAGCAAUGCCUCAAAAUAUCGUACAUGUUUCAGGAAAUAUACCUGUUCAUAUGCCAGUUCCUGUCACAGUGCCAGUUCAUCCUAUUGUUUCUACUGAAUCUGCUCAUAAAGUUGUGCCUAAACCAAAAGAGGUAUCUUCUACACUUCCAGAUUUAGCACAAAAUUUAGCUAAUAUCUUAUCUAAUCCAAAAUCAAAAUCUGCUACACCACAUGGCUUGAGUACUCAUGAACCAAAUAUUAACACAACUACUGUUAAUACAAAUGUUAUGGAUUACAAACCUGCACUACAAUCAGAACAAUAUUUCCAACCUAUACAACCUGAAAUAAGUCAAUUGCCAAUACAACCACAAACACAGCAAAAUUUUCCAAACCAACCUAUGCAUCAAGUUCAUCAAAACCUACAAAACGUUCAACAACCAUUUCAAAGUCAGCAGUUACCUCAUCAAAGUUCAUCUUUUUUACCACAGGGAGCUCAGUUAAAUGUUCCAUUACAAACUGAUUCUCAAUUACAAAUUCUGCAACAAAAUGUAUCAACUCAUACAAUGUCUUCUCAAACAAAAUGGAUUGGUUCUACAAACCAAAAUAUAUUGCCUCAAAAUCUGGCAAUGCGAAAUGUUCAACCUAUACAAACUCAACCGCAGCUACAACAAGUAGCACCUGUCCAUCCACAAAUGCAGCAAAUACCUCAAGAUCAAGUUCAUGUAGAACCCGCUUCUAUAUCUGAUCAAUCUCAUUUACAUUUAAAACUUCCAGAACAACAGCAAAUAGGAAAAAUAUUAGAUACAGAAGUUCAUGAUGGCUCUAGUGGCUGUGGAAUUAGACGUACGAGCUCUGAUUGUCAGUUAUUAACUUCGGAAAAUGAAAAUUCAAGUCACGAUGUAACUCCAGAACACACACUUGUAGAAUCUGUAGAUCCUACUUUAUUUAUGCAACAACAAAUUAUACAACAGCAGCAGCAGCAACAACAGCAGUAUCAACAUCGUAAACUGAGUCAACAGAAUUCAUUGGAUAAAGUAUCAGAUAUAAGCAGUGUGGGAAGUACUAGUGGAACUGGGCCACAAACAAUAGCAGAUUUGCAUCAAAAACUUGUUCAAGUAACUAGUCAACCAUCUGAAUUAUUAAAUGUUGGCACACCACCUAUAAGUUAUCCAGCUACACCUCACAGUCAUCAAGUAAUGGGAGGAUAUGAUGCAUAUAUGCAUUCUUUACAACAAAAGUUGGUUAAUAUUGGUAUGCCAAUAUCAUCCUCACAAAAUAUAGUACAGGGUCCAUUAUCGCCUCAGACUACAAUACAUUCUACGAGUGCUGGUAUUGAUUCAAGUGUGGUGACAAAUCCUGAAGGACCAAUAACAUAUCAAGAUGCUUCUUCUCAGCUUAUAUCUUCACAAUCUCAUGUGGAAGGCUCAUUGGAUAGUCCUAUACCAGGAAGUCAAGGAGGACCUGAAAACAUGAGUCCGAGUAAAGAAAAUAUAAAAGUACGAAUUCAAAGACCAGGAUCUCGCCUUCAGGAAUUGGAACAAGAAUUAGCAAAAAUUCAUCACAGAGGUCCAGUACUUCCAACAACUUCGCCUCAACCAUUAACACCUCCUGUACCUGUUAUUAAUCCUCCGUUGAUACAACCAGCGUUGCAACAAACACAAAAUUUAUUAACAACGGUUCCAUCAGUACCUGUUGCCACUGUUACACCAAAUAUUGUGCAGUCUCGCUCUGAUACGAACACACCCGUACAAACAGAACUACAAGAUUCUGUUUCUGAGAAACCUGUAACACAACCUGUUAGAAAAAUUUCAAGAUUUAUGGUAUCUAAAGUAGCAGGACCUCCAAGCUCUGCUACAUCAAAUAUACAGCAACAAGAAAUUAAACCGUGUCAUCCUGAUGAACAACAAAUAACAGCGGCAGCGUAUAUGGUACAGAAUCGGGAAGGGUCCAUGCCCCCAUUACAAGCAACAUUAACAAGUAAUUCUCUACUUGCAGAGUUACAAUUAGAGAAAGAGGAACGAGCAUCAACUUUAACACCAAGUGAAGAAUAUCAGUUACUUAUAAAAAGGCAAACUAUGGAAUUAGAAAUACUCCAGCGAAGGCAUCGAGAAGAAUUAGAACGCUUUCAACAACAACAACUACAAUUAUUAAUUCAGCAGCAACAGCAAGCAAGUGCAUUACACCAUCAACAUCAUCCACUUCUUUAUCACACCGUAGCUACUAAUGCAGCGGCAGGACAAGGAAGAGCACCAGGUGUAGAUGAUCAUUUAACAUUUAGCACAGCCCCACAAACUCCAUUACAAAAAGGCAUCAGCAAUUGUCCAGAUACUGAUGAAACCUUAAGGUUAGCCAUGCAGAAGCUUAAACAAACUCCACUUCAACUUCAACAGCAACAAACAGCAGCCAGCAUACAACAUGCUUAUGUUAUCCCAAUUCCAGUAGUGCCUUCAGAAAGUAUGCAGAAUAUUUCUGCACAACAGAAUAUCAACUAUUCAAGCGAAACCUCUGAUACAUCUGAUUCAGUAAAUAAUCCUGUGAUUAUAAAUUCGAAUCAAUGUCAAUUUACACCAAUAAUACCAGAUGCAACAAACGUUACUUCUUCUGCAAGUGGAGCUUUAGUUGCACCAACACCAAUAUCAGGUUCUAUUGGAAGUGGAGGAUAUGUUCAAUAUCAUGAGGGUCCUUCGUUAGCAAACUUUCAAACAUUCAGUUGCACGUCGCAUGCUGGCUUCUUUUUACCAGCUGGAUAUCGUCUUAUAUAUGCGCCUACUGGAACCCCUCAGUCUCAACCAGCGACCCCUGCCACUCCACAAAUAGGAAGCUCACACGAUGGUACGCCUCCUACAGAACCCCAGCAUUGUUCUGAAAAUAUAACUAUUCUUCCUCAAGCAGAUCAAUAACGCAAUACACAAUUCAAAAUAUUCUAUACUUUCCAGUCAAUUUUUCCACAUAAUACAUUCUUUAUUUAACGUUGAAUAUUACUAUAAAAUUAUGUAUUAUUAUAAUUAUCCUUUAAUAUGAUAUGCUCCAAACAUGAUUAUAUCGGUCAUACAUGAGGUGCACACAUAUGAAAGCAUAUAUAGAAUGUAUAGAGCAAAUUAAUAAUGCUGUCCCAUUGAAAAAAUUGGUCGGUAUAAAAUCAGUUACUCUAUAUAAAUUUAAGAAACUCAUUAACUGAUAUUAUACCGACUAGAGUUUAGUUAGGCAGCAAUAAUGAUGCCCUUUGAGCUUGAUGUGUUAUGACAUUUACGUAUAAAUGCAUAGAAGAUAUUCUUGUUACCCGCGCACCAGCAAAACAUUAAUAUUUGGUAUGUGCCUCACGAUUGAAGCAAGAUUGAAAUUAAAUAUUUCAAGGAUAUUUUGAACUGACGUAAUAAGUUUCUGAAUGGUAAUAUGAAAGCUGGGGAUAGAGGCCUCUACAUUGUAUAACUGUGCUUCGAUAUUAAAAGCAAAUCUUCCAUUAUUGGAAUGCUUAAAGGACCUUAAAUGCUCUCAAUCCUUCAAAUGGCACAGUCCAUAUUAGUACAGGCCUCAGCUAGUCUUACGAUCGAAAUGGCAUGUAGCCAUUCUGCUCGAUUAUAUGUAUAACUGUUAAUGUAUACUGAAUGCUUCAGAGAAGGGAAUGAAAAAAGGAAGAGAGAGAGAGAGAGAGAGAGAGAGAGAGAGAGAGAGAGAGAGAGAGAGAAAGAGAGAGAGAGAGAGAGAGAGAGAAAGAGAGAGAGAGAGAGAGAGAGAGAGAGAGAGUAAGGAAGAGAGAACGUAUGUUUACUUGUGUGUGUGAUGUGUGAAUGUGUCAGAUGGAGGCAAACAGAGAAAAAAUAUGAUUAAUAUAGUCACUGUUAUGCUUUAAUGUAUUUCUAGCGAUUUUACCUAUUUCAAUUAAAGAGCAAGUGAUGUGUUACUAGUUAGCAAUCCUAUAUAUCUUAUCUACUUUUGAGUACUAUUACCAUCUUUUGCAAUUAAGUAUAAUUGUGUUUAGUACCUUUUACUUUAUCUAUUAUAUCUUCAAGAAUUUUAUUAAUAGUGAGAUAAAGAUUUCAAAAAGUAUACAAUCAGAAAACUGCAUUUCAGGCAAUUCAGUGACAGAUGAGAUAAAAGAUCAUAUGAAAUUCAUCCAAAUUUGUUCUAUACUAUAAAGAUAAAAAAUUUUUAUUUUACGUUUUUUCAUGAUUUCUUGUCUCAAAUGUCUAUAUAAACAUAGUUGCUUAUAAGAUGAAUCGCAAGAUCAUAAGUUUUGUUUGCUAAACUAUGCAUACAACCUGUUAUUUUUAAUAAUUCUUCAUUGCUUUAAUCAACUUCUCAUCAUGCAUUGCUUUGCGAAAAUAUGUGCUUAAUAAAAUUUAUUCCAAAAUUUUAAAAUGAAUAAUAAGCACAUGUGGUAUAUUUGAUACUUCUGCAUGAUGCAGAAUGAUAUUAAAUUUAUAUGUUGUAUAGUUAUAAGAACUUUUUUAAUAAUCAUAUCAAUUGCCUGGGAAUGACAAAAAUGCUAUUGUUACUCUCACUCCUUUCUUUUGUUCUCAUGCACUAUUCCACUUGUUUUUUACUUUCAAUUAAUGGUAAUUUUGUUACCUUAUUCCUUUUGUACGCCAAAAUAUAUGUUUUCUUAAACUAAUUUAAUGGUGAUGGGAUCCCUAAUCAUCUAGUAAUGAAAUUGCUUUAAAUAUGGUCGUUUCUCUGUUAUGCAUUUUACUUGAAAAAUCUUUGGUGACAUGGUUUAACGAAUAUUCAAAGUGAUUUUUAAAUUUAAAAUUUAUUUGUGAUGACUAAGAUCAGGAAACAUAUAAUUUAUAAUCGUUUCUUUUUUAUUUAUUUAUUUUUUUUUUAUUUUUUUUUUUUUAUUUUUUUUUAUUUUUUUAUUUUUUUUUUUUUUUUUUUUUUUUGAAGAUAUCAGGGAAGGUAUAACAUUCAAAAUAUAAUUCAAUAUAUUUGAUAUGAUACAAUACAUUUCUGUAUAAAAUCAUAAGUUUAUAAGACUUUUUAUAAAACAUUUUUUUGCCAUUUUACCAAAGACGCCUAUCAUGAAUAUUAGGCAGUAUAUUGUAUAAUGAUUUUGAAUUCACAGUAACUACACUAGUCAACAAGGUUUUUUAAUUUGAUUCAAGUAAUAAUAUCACGUUUUAGCGAAUUCAUUUUAAGAAUUUUUAUUUAACAGAUUGAGAAUUAAAGUUGCUUUCAAUUUUAAUUUGGAAUGCAACUACUUGUGGAAGCAGCUGUUAUAUAUUUUUUUUAUUCAAUAGAUAUUGUUAUAUAACUAAUACAUUUUGGUAUGAAAAGUGUGAAUGUAAUCAUAUUAUAUGGAGUGUGUGCCAAAGUGUUAUUUUAAAAAGAAAAUAUUAACUUCGUAUUAAUUAUAUUGACAAUUAAUUAGUAUAGUUGAAUAUUCAUUCACUUUAACCUUAAUUUUUUGUGUAUUUUUAUUUAUUUUUAUUUGUUUAAAAAUUUUACUAUUGAUUUUACAGAAUAUUUUAUCAAAAAAUAUAAAUAAUACGUUUAUAUACUCUUUGAUUUUCUAAUAAGAGAAAAACAGCCUACACAUGAUUAAAAUAAUUUCUUAUAUUUAUAAAAUCGUAUUUUCAUAUUCAGAAAAUGCGUUAAACUUAUACCUCAGAAAUAAUAAGAAUGGAAAAUAUUGUUGACUAGUGCUUCUUCCUAGUAGAAUAAUAAUAAUGUGGUAUUGGACUUAAUGGAAUUGAGCUUGAUAAAAGAUGGUGUUAGAUAUCACAAAAUAAUUUUCAGAGACUGCCUGCAAAAAUUAAAUCAAGUAAUAGUAAAUAUUUUCCUAUAUUCUACAAUUUGCAUAUAAUACUAUAUGGAUAAUAAUAAUAUUCUGUACUGAGUUUAGUUUCUCAAAUUUUUUUUGAGCUAGACGCAAUAGGACAAAGGAGUGAGACAUUUAUUAAUUAUUAGAAGAUAAUUUUUAAAUGUGCAUGAAAAUAAUGAAAUUUUAUUCAAUAGAAAUAUAUUAUCUAAUUAUGUUAUAUGCAAUAUGUUAUCUAUUCAAAAAUCUUGAUGAUUUUAUUUAAUACAGAUAAUUUAAAAUAUCGCUUAAUAUCAAUCAUUCAAAAGUUAGUCUAUUUAAUGUUUAUUGUCAAAUUUACAUGUAAAAAUUUCUAUAUGUUAAUAAUCUUUUUCAAUUAUAUAACGCAAAAUUAGAAUUUGGAAAAGUUUUUACCCAUCAAUAAAUAUUUAAGAGAAGAGUUGCGCAUAAGCAGAUAUAUGCUAGGUUUAACUUGAUUUCUUCACAUUUCUACAGGAAAUAUAAAUAGUUUUUUUUUUUUUUUUUUUUUAUUUGGAUUGAAUUUUGCUAGCUUUGCUUGUAGUCCUAUACCACAAAACCUGCUUUUGCUUAAAUUAUUGAUUAUUAACUUUAAAGAAAAUAAAGAAUUUAUAUAUAUAAACAGACAUGAUGAUACAUCAAAGUGUUAUUGGAGAAGUCUUAUGUAUCAUUCACACAUGUCAUCUACAUUUUACACAUGGCACUUAUUGCUUUUUUCUUACUUAUUUUAAGCUUACUCUGAAGUAAACAAGUUUUUAAGGAAAAUAAAACUAUAUAAAUUUUUUGUGCUAACUAGUAUAUGAAUUCUUUCUAGUAUAUGAAUUUAAGAAACAAUUCUAGAAUUAUGUUUCUCAGAAUUUCAAGAAUAGAAACAUAAAGACUGAUUAGGUAAAACAAGGAUCAGUAAGCAGAUGAGUAAAAAAAAGAAAACAUGAGAAAUCAGUGUUGGAAAUAUUUUCAUUUCUGCUAGUUCUUUAUUUUAUUGAUACACAUACAUGUGUAUAUGUAUUGGAUUGUAAUAAUAUUACACAAGAUUAGAGUAAACAUUUCAAAACAUGAUAAACUAGUAAUUAAUAAUCUCUUGGUGUAAGAAAUACUGAUUCUCUUCCGUGAAAAACAGGCGGAUCAACUUCCGUUUAUAUUAUAAUUUACGGUAUUAGCGUAAUGCAUUGUAGAUCUGCAAGAAAGUAAUGAACAUAUUCAUUAAUCCAUAAAUGAACAUUAUUUUUAUGUUUAGAUUGCAUAAUUCUUAGAAAUAUAAAAACUAAACUGAUGAAUGUGAAUAUUGAAUUACAUAUGAUUGACAGAAUAAGAAUUGCAGCAAAUACAUCUUUCAAUUUAAUGCAGUUUAAAACUUAUGUAAAUUUAAUUUCAGUGAUAUUGCGUUGAAUUUUACAUAUUGUUCUUAAGUGAGGAAAUAAACCAAAAAUAUAUAAAAGUCAUCAACCCAAAAAGAAUGAGGAAUGUGAGAACACAUGUAAAAAAUAUCAUAAAUGAAAAAUAUUAAAGCAAAAUGUAGAGAAAUACAGCUGUGAAAAUGUGUUUUUAAAUAUUUCCUUACUCUUUUUGAAAGUGCCAGAUUUUUGCAAGUUAGAUAAGAAAUACUUAUCAUUAUUCGUCUAUGUUAUACGUUGAUAUCAAUUUUUACAAAUCUUUGCUCUAAACACAUUUCAAAAUUUCUAAACUUGAAAAUGUGCAAAUGAUCCUUUUUGUCAUAUUUAUCUUUUACUUGUGAUAAAACAAUAUAAUAUAUUAAAAUAUUGCAAUAUUUUAAUAUUUUUACAUUUUAAAAGAGCUUCUUACAUAUUGCUCUCAUUUUAGUGCAGUGUAGUACAUCUGAAAUCGCAUUUCCAAUCACUUAGGAAAAUAAAUAACGAAGUUACAAUAACUUUGUUUUAGAUCAUAAUAUUUAACCGGAUAUAGAAGGUGUAGAACAAAUAAGCUUUGGUUUCUUUUAUAAAGCUGUUGCAAGUUUUAUUAAUUGCAGUUUAUACCUUCUUUUUAUUGAUAGCUUAUAGUAUUACAAAAUCUACAUAAAAAAAAUGUGAUUUAGUUAAUAUGUUCUUUACUGAAAUAAUGUUGAUAUUUUGAAAUUAUAACCUAUGACAAAAUUUUAAACGCUUUAUUAAUUUCAUCAAUAUUAUUCAUUUAUUUUUAAUUUGUUAAUAUAUAGUAUAUAUUUGAUCAUUAGUAAUUACAAAUUAUAUUCUGUAACAUGCAGUAAUUAUAGUUUAAUAUGCUAUUCAAUGAUUGAUAUUACUUUGAAUAGAUAAAGGAAUCCCUGACAAUUAUUUUUUACUAUAUUGCGUUCCUAUUGAUUUGAUCCAUGUCUGUUUUAUUACAUGCUCAUAAUGUUUGUACUAUGAUAAAGAAAAUACAGAAACAAGAAAUAGUUAUUAUAAUAUCAUAAUAAGUGCAUUCUUUUGCACAUGUACGGUAAAUAAGAAAAAAUGUCUGUGCUAAAGGAUCAAAGUCAAAGCAGUUGUAACCUUGAUGAGGAAAGUAAAUAAAUGAAUAAAGAAAAUGAUUACAAAACAAA